GCGGGGUGGGAGCGCGGGGGGCCGUGCGGCGUGGCGCCUACUUCCGGUCGGCGGAGCGGCUGAGGAGAAGCGGGUGGCGGCGGCGGCUCCCGGUAACGGUGCGUCUGAACCACCAUGACCGUCCCUCAGCUCCUCCUCUGCCUGUCUCUCUCCAUGCUCUGCAUCUCGAGCAAACCCACCGAGAAGAAGGACCGGGUUCACCACGACCCCCAGCUCAGCGACAAGGUCCACGACGACGCGCAGAACUUCGACUACGACCACGACGCUUUCCUCGGGGCCGACGAGGCCAAAACCUUCGAUCAGCUCACGCCGGAGGAGAGCAAGGAGAGACUCGGAAAGAUUGUAAGUAAAAUAGAUGAAGACAAAGACGGGUUUGUAACGGUGGAAGAGCUGAAAGACUGGAUUAAAUUUGCCCAAAAACGCUGGAUUUACGAGGAUGUAGAGCGGCAGUGGAAAGGGCACGACCUCAAUGAGGACGGCCUCAUUUCUUGGGAGGAAUAUAAAAAUGCCACCUACGGCUACAUUUUAGAUGACCCAGACCCCGACGAUGGAUUUAAUUACAAACAAAUGAUGGUGCGAGAUGAACGACGCUUCAAGAUGGCUGACAAGGACGGAGACUUGACGGCCACCAAGGAAGAGUUCACCGCUUUUCUCCACCCCGAAGAGUACGAUUACAUGAAGGACAUCGUCGUGCAGGAGACCAUGGAGGACAUCGACAAGAACGGGGACGGCUUCAUUGACCUGGAGGAGUACAUAGGGGACAUGUACAGCCACGACGGCGGCGCCGCCGACGAACCCGAGUGGGUCAAAACGGAACGGGAACAGUUCGUGGAAUUCCGGGACAAAAACCGCGACGGCAAAAUGGAUCAAGAAGAAACCAAAGAUUGGAUCCUCCCUUCCGACUACGACCACGCCGAGGCCGAAGCCCGGCACCUCGUCUACGAGUCCGACCAGAACAAGGACGGGAAGCUGAGCCGGGAGGAAAUCGUGGAAAAAUACGACCUUUUCGUGGGCAGCCAGGCCACGGAUUUCGGAGAAGCUUUGGUGCGACACGACGAAUUUUGAGCCGGGAGAAAGGGGGGGGGGGCGGGGGGGGGGGA